AUUGCAACCCAGAUCCCGAGGAAAAUCUUCAGCUCAAAUGCUCCAACUCGACCCAAUCCUGAGCUGAGAUUGGCGAAGAGCAACGGAAUGGAUGGAUUUUAUGACCAGCAAGUGCCUUACUUGGUACCCCCUAGUCAGCGUGGGAGAAAUUGUAACGAGAAACCAACAAAUGUCAGGAAAAGAAAAUUCAUUAACAGAGAUCUGGCUCAUGAUUCAGAAGAACUCUUUCAAGAUCUAAGUCAAUUACAGGAAACAUGGCUUGCAGAAGCUCAGGUACCUGACAAUGAUGAGCAGUUUGUACCAGACUAUCAGGCUGAAAGUUUGGCUUUUCAUGGCCUACCACUGAAAAUUAAGAAAGAACCCCACAGUCCCUGUUCAGAACUCGGUUCAGCCUGCAGUCAAGAACAGCCCUUUAAAUUCAGCUAUGGAGAAAAGUGCCUGUACAAUGUCAGUGCCUAUGAUCAGAAGCCACAAGUGGCAAUGAGGCCCUCCAACCCCCCAACACCAUCUAGCACUCCAGUGUCUCCACUGCACCAUGCAUCUCCGAACUCAGCUCACACACCGAAACCUGACCGUGUAUUCCCAGCUCACCUUCCUUCAUCGCAGACCAUCCAAGACAACAGCUACCCCAUGGACCACAGAUUUCGCCGCCAGCUUUCUGAGCCUUGUCAUUCCUUUCCUCCUUUGCCAACAAUGCCAAGGGAAGGACGACCCAUGUACCAACGACAGAUGUCUGAACCAAACAUUCCCUUUCCACCCCAAGGCUUUAAGCAGGAAUAUCAUGAUCCCGUGUAUGAACACAACUCUAUGGUUGGUGGUACUGCCAGCCAAAGCUUUCCCCCUCCGCUAAUGAUCAAACAAGAACCCAGAGAUUUUGCAUAUGAUUCAGGCUGCAUGUAUGAAAAGGGUCCCAGGCAGUUUUAUGAUGACACCUGUGUUGUCCCAGAAAAAUUUGAUGGUGACAUCAAACAAGAGCCAGGGAUGUAUCGGGAAGGACCCACGUAUCAGAGGAGAGGAUCACUUCAACUCUGGCAGUUUCUGGUAGCUCUACUUGAUGACCCUUCCAAUUCUCACUUUAUUGCCUGGACUGGGCGAGGCAUGGAGUUUAAGCUGAUCGAACCUGAAGAGGUGGCCCGACGUUGGGGCAUUCAAAAAAACAGACCGGCUAUGAACUAUGAUAAACUUAGCCGUUCACUCCGCUAUUAUUAUGAGAAAGGAAUCAUGCAAAAGGUGGCUGGAGAGAGAUACGUCUACAAGUUUGUGUGUGAUCCCGAAGCCCUUUUUUCCAUGGCCUUUCCUGAUAAUCAGCGCCCACUACUGAAGACAGACAUGGAACGUCACAUCAACGAAGAGGACACAGUUCCACUCUCGCACUUUGAUGAGAGCAUGGCCUACAUGCCUGAAGGGGGGUGCUGCAACCCCCACCCCUACAAUGAAGGCUAUGUGUACUAACACAGUGACAGUUGUGCUAGGCAUCCUGGUACAUCCCUUCUCUGUGCAAGAGAUGGAUGGAGAGUCUUUGGAUUCUCUUCCAUCUUGGUUUCCUUUUCGUUGGUGUAUUUUAU